AUAUCGAUCGGAGCUGUGUGUGUGUGUUUUGCAUGGGAUUGUCUUGGGGGUAAUUGAGUGGCUCUGUCUGUGUGUCGUCUCUCUGGCGCCAUGUGUCUCUUUGGAUUGCUAAUUUAUCUAACCGCUUAGUCUCAGUCCCUACAUCCGGUUUUCUGCGACCUUUCCAGACUUCAGUAGCCGGAGGAACAAAUUUCUUGUAACUCCUGACCGUCAUCAUGUAUUUUACGAGUGAGUGCCAUUUAAUCGACCAUAAAGAAUUGAUUUACUUAACGUUACUAAAAUUCUUUAACACAUCAGCCGCGGUUUUCCAACAGGCUGACGGCUAACAGCUACAUGCUAAACCAACGGCUGAGGUAACUACAAACUUCAUCAGGAUGUUAACCCUGUAAUACACAUUUCUGACCCGGUCAUCACUUACAGAUCAUAAAUUUUAAUGUGGUGGUUAAAAAGUGUACUAUAAGGCAUUUAUUUUAAAAUUAAUCCGCGGUCCCUUGAAUUUCUCGGUUUUCUUUUUCUUUGAUUUCCAAUAUGGUUCAAAAAUAAAAGUUCUUAUACGAACUUUAUAUGCAAAUAAGGACGUCCAAUGAGAGUUGAAAGGGGCGUGGCUAAGCGGAGUCCCAUAACAGUGGCCUUACAUCGUACUGCGUAUGUAAAUAAAUCAACAACUUCGUCCAAUGGGCGUCUCCGGGGGCGUGGCUUCGCGUAGCCCCAUAAACUGUGGCCUUGCGCUUCUUGUGCUCGAGUGUCCAGAGCCGUAAGCGGUAGUGUGCGGGACACUGUCUAAAUCUCAGCUCCUUUGGACUAAACCCAGCUCUUUUUCUUCCUUUUUAAGCUCGGUAUUUCGAGUUCUUUUUUCCCGUCACGAAUGUGUAAGUCGUUACGUGCAAGGACUGCUGUUUGUCGUCUUUAAUUUUUUGCCGACUUUAAUUUUUUAUAUCUCCGGAGUCUCCGCUACAUCUGGGCUUUCCUCCGCUCGUCUAUGGAGCCGGAGAGAGAGCUGGAGGACUGAGUUUCCAGUUGUUGUGUUUUUUGGACGCUAUGUAGCCUGCGGAUUUAUGGGAAUGCAGUGAUGUGUAUGAAACACAUGUAGCAAGGACGUCUUCACCUCACACACAUUUGGAGGGUCUUGCCACAGGCUUGAAGGACCACCGGGAAGAGUUGUCGUAAAUGGAUCGCCAUUCCAGCUUGGUUUCGCUUUGGUUUCAGCUGGAGCUGUGUGCAAUGGCCGUUCUCCUCACUAAAGGAGAGAUCAGGUGCUAUUGCGAUGCGCCGCACUGCGUUGCCACAGGAUACAUGUGCAAGUCGGAGCUUAAUGCUUGUUUCACCAAGCUACUGGACCCACUUAAUUCAAACUCCCCGUUAACACACGGGUGUCUAGACCCGCUAUUAAACUCAGUGGAUGUGUGCACCAAGAAGAACAUGGACGUUUUAAAUGGAGGCUCAUCUCCCAUUGAGUGCUGUCAUGAUGAUAUGUGCAACUAUCGGGGACUACACGACAUUGCGCACACUCGAAGCGACUCUACAGACCGAUACCAGUCAGACAGCUCCAACCAGAACUUGAUCACGCGGGUUCAGGAGUUAGCCUCGGCGAAAGAGGUUUGGUUCCGAGCGGCAGUGAUUGCCGUGCCCAUUGCUGGAGGCCUCAUCCUGGUGCUGCUGAUCAUGCUGGCGCUCCGGAUGCUGCGCAGCGAGAACAAGCGACUGCGAGCCCAGAGGCAGCAGAUGCUCUCCCGUCUACAUUACAGCUUCCACGGGCACCACCAUGCCAAAAAGGGCCAUGUGGCUAAGCUGGACCUGGAGUGCAUGGUCCCCGUGACAGGACACGAGAACUGUUGCUUGGGCUGCGAUAAGCUGCGGCAGGCCGAGCUGAGUCUGGCGGGGGGUGGCGGAGGGGGUGAGCGCUUUCUCUCGCUCGUGCACUGGGGGAUGUACACGGGCCACGGCAAACUGGAGUUUGUAUGACUACUUCUCUGUGCCUCCAAUGUUGCAGUUGGACUCUUAAGGGGGAGGCUGAGGACACUGUUUAUGCUUGAACUGCAUAGCGUUUGUUGUACUGUUAUUAUUAUUAUUAUUAUUAUUUGCAUUUGUAAUUUUAUUGUUUUCUUCCCCUUGUACAUGGAGCGAGACAUUGAAAGGACGCAUGUGCUGUUUCUUUUUUCCCCUCGAUGAAGCACUUUACUUGAAUUAGAACUUGAGAGGGCGGAGUUGUUGACAAUUAAGCCCCGUCCCUCUCCAAGCCGCAUCCUGUGGAUCCUGGACUGACACUGAAGACUGAAGGAUUCGUAAUGUCCGUCUUAUUUGCACAUUUGUAUAAAAAUGAUGAGAUGAAAAUACUUUUUUGUGUGUUUUAAAAAACAAGCUGAUUUAGAAGAAUUUCACUGACACCAGGGUACAAAUAUGGACGUUUUUUUAUUUCAGUCAUCUUCUAUAAAUAAAGGACUCAGUGUUGACUGUAAAAGUUUAAA